AUUGUCCUUAUCAUUAACCUGUGGGUGUGUUUAACCAAACAUUCUCAAACGAUUGACAAGCACACGUGAUAACCAUCACAUCUUAAACCAUGUACAGCACAUUGGACCGAGGGUUCUAACAUCGGACAUGGGACUAACACAUCUGUUUGGUUCAAGGUUGAUAGUUUACAUUGAAAUGACAUGGUUUUUGUGCUAUAUGAUUGUUGCUGUGGUUUUUCAUUUUUAUGAUUAUGACAUUUCAGUGCCGCCUACAACCCCGCCUCCUAAGAUAGGUGAGGACUUUGAUUCUUUUUGUUUUAGAGAAACGUAUGUUUUUUUCUUAUGAUUAUGUGAUAUUAAAUAAGCAGCGAUAUUCGAUGUCACAAUCGAUAAAAUCCGUUGCUGGGGGCCACAUUAUAACAAAAUACAUCAGAAUUAGUUUAAAUGAUGCAUUGUUGUUAUAAAGUGUUAUAUUCCUACUCAUGUUAUGCAUGCCGAUUUGUCAUAGAAGAUAAAAAAGACAGAUAAGACAAACGAUUCGUGUCAGCGAAAGAAAUAUUACUCCUCUAUAAUCAUGACAUUACUUUGUUUUCGAAACGAUGUAUUUAGAUAGUUCAAAACUGACAAUACUGUUGUAUAAACAUUUGGUACAAUUGCCGGUAAUUAUCUUUUCUGCUCAUACUCCUUUUUACAGUAUGUACACUAGCACAGCAAGAUAUUGUUUUCGUUCUGGAUUCCUCAACAAGCGUCGGUCGUCCUAACUUCGACAAAAUGUUGAGCUUCUUGAAAACGUUCCUGCAGCAUGAAGAUAUCGACAGUGGGAAUGUUCGGGUCGGGGUUGUUACGUAUAGCACAGCCGUAAGUGUCCAGUUCCACCUGAAUGAACACACCAGCCGACACGACAUUGAGAAAGCAAUAGAUUCCAUUCCGUACCAGUUCGGUAAUACAAACACGGCCGGAGGGCUUCGGACAAUGCAUCACGUGAUGUUUACAUCAGACCACGGCGACCGCCCUGAUGCGGAAAACAUUUGUAUCAUUUUAACAGACGGAGUAUCAAACAUUGACCACACCCUCACCAUCCCGGAAGCGAAUUCAGCCAAAGACAGUGGCAUUCGAAUAUACGCCAUUGGAAUUGGCCUCCUUGAAACCGAAGAACUGGACGGAAUCGCCAGCCUGCCAACAGGAGAACAUAGCUUUAACGUGGACGAUUUCAGUGAGCUGGAUAAUCUCCAUGACGCGGUGUUUGAAUCAACAUGCGAGGUGAUCACACUCCCGCCGACAACCACACCUCAAGGUGAGAAUUUAAAAUACUAGUGAAGGUCUAGUUUUAAAAUUACCCGGUAAAUAAACUUCCAUACCCCAGUAGUAAUUCACGAUAAACAUACCUUAAAUCAUGGUUCACUAAAUACCAAUGAGGGAUGUUAAGUGAAAUUCGACCUUAUGACAUAAUGUUGACGGAAACUGAUUAUUCAGUUGAAUUCGUCUUGAAAACGUGUUAAGCAUUGCUUUGUUUAUUUGGUAUCAAAGCAAACAUUGAUGAAAUUUACACUUGACUAAUACGAAAUGAUUUUAUUUUAUAGUGUUUUAAUGUCAUUUCUGUUCUUAUUUUCAAGUGUGCAAUGCCGCAA